AUGAUGGUCUCACAACAAGACGCUGCGGAUUUAUGGAAAUUGGCAGGGAAUCAGGAGCAGGAAAGUGAGGUUAUCACCGGAACCGCAACUGAAAUGGAGGACAAGGUUCUGAAUAACAUGGAACAUGAGAUGCCGAAGUACGACCCCACUAUAGAGACCUUUACGGCUCCCGAAAGUGAUAAAUGGCCAGUUUCGGAAAUCAUACGCCUGCUACGUUUCUAUGCCGGUCAUCGUUGCCUGUGGGAUGUCGAGCAUGAGGAUAAUAAUAAUCGUCGAAUGCGCCAUGCUGCCUUGGUGGAUAUAACCGCUGCCAUGGGAGGCCAUCUUACUAAGGACCAGGUGGUACAAAAAAUUAAUAUUAUUCGGGCCACAUAUCGUUAUGAAAAGAAACGUAUAAAACAUCGUAUGAAACUGGGCAUGGGAUCGAAAACCAAGUUGAAAUGGUUUGCCCUGGCCGAUGCGUUUUUGAGAAAUGUCCCCAAAAAGGGGCACAAGGGGGAGGAGGCUCGUAAUUCAGACUCUGACUUAGAAGAUGCUGUGGUUUUUACCAUAAAUCCCGAAACAUUGGGGCCUUUGUUGCCCCACAAGGCCUUGGGAAAGGGUGAAAGUAAAUUGGUGGCUGGAGAAUUAUCUUGCCAACCUAAAAUUGAAUAUUUUUCGGAAGAUAGUGAAUUCAACGAGGGUCACGAAGAAAGCGACCUUAGAUCGGAGGAGGCCAUAAAACCCAAACUGGAAGAGGUGGAGGAAAAUCUGCAUCAUCAAUUACUAAUAAUGAAGGAAGAAAAACUAAAUGAUGGGGAAAUUAAAAACGAAUUUGCGAAAGCCAAACAAUGGACCUUGGAGACCUCCUUGGAAUUUAUAAAUCUCCUAAAACAAUACCCCAUAUUAUGCAGCACCCACACAUCAGAGUCGUGGAAGAGCUCAACAAAUUUUCCUCUGCAAACAAUAGCCCAAGAAAUGCAAUGGCCCUUGGAGAGUAUUGAAAAACGCUGGCAUAUCCUGAAAGAGACCGUAACCAAAGAGAGGGAAAAAAUAUCUCAAGAUCCCACCUAUCAACCCCCCUACAAAUGGUGGCAGGAAACGGAAAUGCUGUGGGAAAAGCCAAGGGAAAUAAAACCUGAAACCAUUUAUCUCGAUGAAAUGAAAAGUCCACCUAGGAACUACACAGAUCAUGAGGAGGACGACUAUGAGGACUAUGAAAAACGUUUCGAAAAUCCCCUACCCUCAGUGGCGCCCAUGUCCAACAUGAAUGAAUCUCUAAUGUCUUCCCUAUUUCGUGAGGAUUUUUCAAUGGAAUCCGCAACGAAUUCCUCUUACCCCAUAGAAAUGGAAACCGAGGAAAAGAUGCCAUGUAAUAAAAACGUUCUGGAAGAUGAUUUGCUGGAGGGUAAAUGGUCCUUGAAACAUUCGGUGAAAUUUUUACGCCUUUAUGGUGUACACAGAUGCCUAUGGGAUUUAAAAGAUCCAGAUUACCGCUCAAGAGCUCUACGUAAUGCUGCCAUAGAAGAUAUUGCCGCCUCAAUGGGUCAUGGCCUGACCGCUGCCUAUGUGGCAAAGAAAAUUAAAAUUUUCCGCAUAACCUAUAUGCAGCAGAGGAAGCGAAUUUUGGAAGCCACACGAAGGGGUGAGAGGCCUGAAAUUCUAUUGAAAUGGUUUCCAUUGGCUGAUAGUUUUCUAAGGCCACAUAUUGGUUUGCGUUCGAUUAAGGCGGACGUGGAGGAGGUAGUGCCACAAUUCGAUUUCCAGUAUGUCUAUGCAAAUUUGAAUUUAAUCGAUCCUGGUUUGCUGAAUGAUUUUCGGGGUAAGGGUACCCAGAAUGCCAUCGAUAUUGGGAAUAAUGAAAAUGAACAAUCCAGUAAUGGGGAGAGUGAGUAA